CUAGUCAGUCGUCGCCCUGAGGAUAUCGGUUACGUCAGGUUUGAGGAAAAUUCCUUUUUUCAUUGUAUAAUGUCCCUCAGUAAUGUCCCCUGAUGGUAUUCCAUUUUCGGAGGGAGGUCUCCUUUGCCUGAUACUAAUGUAGCUAUUUCCGUUCUUUGGGUUAGCCUCAGUAUUUCUUUUAUCCCAUCCACAUCUUUUCUCUUAACGUGGGUUUCAUAUACAUAUAAUAACAGCAUGUAAAGACGUAACACGAUGUUCAGUUCAGGAGUCUGAAGGAAUAUACAGCCGGCUAAGGACAGAGAGGCAUGAGGGGUCGUUAUUUUAAGUGGGGGUGGCCAGGAAGGCCUCUCUAAGAUGGCACUGAGCUUACUCUGAUGGAAGUGAGUCGGGAGGGGAGAGCCUUGUGGAUGUCAGAGGAAGGGCCUUCCAGGUAGAGGGCACAAGGGCAGAAGCCCUGUAUGUGCUAAGAGGAAGUCAAUGUCACCCUGGAGCAGUGGGGGCAGAACAGUCGGAGAUCAACAGUAGGAGAUGAGGUCAGCUCUGAGAAGCCUCUGAGGGUGCGGAUUUUACUUUGAAUGAGAUGAGAAGCAAGGACAUUGCCCAACGUCUGUUUGUAAAAGAUCACUCUCCGUGUAGAAUCUGUUGGAAGGGAUGGGCAGGAACGGAAACAGGGAGACCAGUUAGGAGGUACUGUCACGAUCCAGGUGAGAGAUGUGGAUGGCUUGGACUUGGAGGAGGAGGUGGAGGAAGUGAGGAGUGGUUGGAUUCUGGAGAUAUUUCAAAGGUACAGCCAAUAGGAUUUCUUGGUGGACUGAAUGUGUAUGGGGGAGAAAAAGAGGGGAGAGUGACAACCCCAAGGGUUUUCCCUAAGUGAUUGGAAAAAUGGGGUUGUUACCUGAGAUAGGGCAUGUAGAGGAUCAAAGAUUCAGUUUUGGACAGUGGAUAGCACCCACUAUAAUUGCUAUUUAUUGCACCCUGGCAGGGCAAGAUGAUAAGCGAGCAUUUUUAAAACCAGAGUUGUUUCCCUCUUUGUUCUCUCCCUGGCAUUUGUCCCUACCCCCACCUCCCAGCUUCAUGUUAGCAUCAGUUACCUUCACAUGUGAUGGGAUUGAAUGUACCUGGGGAGGAGCCGAGAGAGGAAGCUACCCAGGUUCUCCAGUUACAAAUCCUGGCACAGUGAAGGGCAGGCCACCACCAUGGGUAGAGCUCCACAGCACUGGCUGCUCCCCAGAGGAAAGUAGCAAGAUUUUCUUCACCUGGUGUCUCUCUUAUCAUCACUAAUUGCUCGUGGAGUCCAGGUAGUCACAAUUCUAAUCAGUACAGAGUACCUGGCAGGUUUGGCUGUCUGAUGCCAUGAGCUGGAGAGGAAGAGGAGCAGGUUCUACUUUAGGAAGGUUGGAAACAUCUCAGGCUAACAGCAUCCUGAAAGCAGUGGCGAUCCUGGGGGAGCGGGCAAUGCCUCGAGCUCAGACUUGCCCCAUGGGACCACAGCCUUUGGGGGAGCAGGCGUGGCAGCUGACGGACACCACCAUCUGGCUGCGGCGGAACUGCCUCAUCCGGCGGAGGAUGCACAGCCACUCAGUGGGAACCAAAAACCUGGACCAGGGGAGGUUGCCGCCCCCCCAUGUGGACAUGGCAUGGAACGUGUGUGCGGAAAAGUUCGAACAUCAAGUGACCCUUGAAGCGCUACAACACUUAAAUGCACUCUUUCAGGAGUAUGAGAAAAGAGGAAGACAGCUGUUGGAUAUGGAGACUUUCAAAUGCAUAAUGAAGCAGAGCAUGAGGUUACAGAAUAAAAGUACUGAACAAAUAGAACAACUUUUCAUGAAAAUAGACUAUGAAGCAGUGGGCAGAAUUCAUUGGGAUGGCUUCUGCACAUAUCUGCAGUUAGCAUAUUCAGAGCAAGCUGAUGCUUUGGCUCGACAGAAAGAGGUUUCCUUCCAGCUGCCUGCUGUGCUGCAGGGACUGUCGUACGGGGGACCCGUGCUGCGCAUUCUCUCUGUGCCUGAUGACACCUUAAUCAUGAUCAGAGAAGAUGGAGCCAUUUAUUUCUGGUCCCUGCAGCUGAAGUUGAAAAGAAGAAAGCGAGUUUUUGACAAGCCCAUCAUUCGGAAGCGCCGGUGGGUGACGGAUGCCACCAGCAUGCCACAGUACAACAAACUGAUCCUAGGAACUGGAAACCGCGAAAUCCAGCUGUAUGAGUUCUCUAACUUGGAGCCUUACUGUCAGAUUGGUGGCCUGGAAGCUGUCCCUCUGAAACUGGACUACUGGUACGAGGAUCCUGACAAGUGCCUGAUUCUCUAUGGUGAUGACCAGGGAUGUGUGAACAUUCUGUUUUUGGCUUCUGUCGGUGAACUAUUAAGGGGACGUCACACCCCAGGUCCCUCUCAUGGGGGAGGUCACACUCCAGAUCCCUUUCAGAGGAAGUCACAUACCACACCUCCCAUCCUCAGGGAAGAAGUCACUCCAGGUCAAGUGUGCUGUUACUCUUGGUGGCUGAGGGUCCCCAGGAGGCAGCCGUCUCAGUCCUAUCACAGUGACACUCUGGAGCCAGAAGCAUGGAGAACUUGGAAGAAGCUGCCCAAAGUUGAGAACAUGCCAAACAUUAGCAUUAAUAAUGCUGUGAAUUCUCCAAAUGUGAAUUACAUCCGCUGGAAAGUGCACGGAGACUGGGUUACUCAGCUGAACUACUACGAUUCUAUCAACGCCGUUAUCUCAAGCUCCAAUCAUGAGCCCACUGCUCUAGUCAUAGGAUGCACUGUGGGAACUACAAAUGUCAAGCAAAAGAUGAAAGAGAUGAGGGAUGUAAGAAGAGAUGGCAAGGCAAGACAAGGCCACGCAUUCCUUGGUUUGCCCCAAAGGCGGGCAGAAUGUGAUUGGACCGUGUUUUGCGUCCCUAAAGGAGUCCAGGCAUUUUCGUUCUGUAAGAGAAAGAACGUGCUGUUGACAGGUGGAAUGGAUCGAGUAAUUAGAGUCUGGAAUCCUUAUCUGCCUGGAAAACCAACAGGUAUACUGAAAAGCCACACGGCUCCAGUGAUCUACAUCCAUGUGUCUGCUGAGGAUAACAGAAUGUUUUCCAUGUCCACCGACAACACUAUUAAGAUCUGGGAUCUGGAGACCGACAGCUGUCUGUUUACCACCUCUUCCAAAGCCAGCGGCAUUCGGGGCGAGCCCAGGGCCUGCCUCUACCUCCCGGACCCCAGAGCCCUGUGUGUGGCCGCAGACGCCAUCGCCCUCCUACACCUGAGGCAGAGGUCUCCCCAAGAGCCUGCCCUGGCGGUUUCCCACAGAGAGCCCGUGGUGUGCUGUCGGUACAGCCCCACCUUCAGGCAGGUGGUCAGCUGUUCAGAAGCAUCAGUGGUGAAAGUAUGGGACUGUGAAACGGGAAGGCUGCUGUCUGAAUUUAUUGGGGCUCACGGCAAUGCUGGAAUCACUUGUAUGACCUUCGACUCCAGUGGAAGAAGGCUGGUUACUGGGGGCAGAGAUGGCAGUCUGAAAAUAUGGAGCUACAACAACGGACAUUGUCUGCACACCCUGAAGCAUGAUGAAAAGCAAAGUGAAAUCUGUGAUUGUACCUACUUGGAGGUGAAUCAAAAUAAGCUCAUCAUUGCUGUUGGAUGGGAUAGAAGAAUAAACGUGUACUUUGACACACCGUGUGACUUUCGUCACUUCUGGAAGCCGCAGCCACACUGGCAGGAUGACCUGGACCACGGACACAAGGAGGACAUCCUGUGUGUGGCUCAGUGCCCCCCUUUUCUCCUUGCCACCUCCAGCUAUGAUGGGGAGAUUAUCAUUUGGAAUGUCAUCUCCGGCCACGUGUGCUGCAAACUGAAUACCCCCAGCACUUCUGAUGGCGCAGAAGAUGGAGAAGGCCCAGACAGAAGUGUUUCCUGCCUCACCUUCCUGAAGACUCGGGCAGCCAACUUGGAAUCAGCGGCCGCUUCCUUGAUCACCAACGGGCCCCAAGGCUCCAUCACCUUCUGGAGGCUGUUUGGCAGGACCUGUCCUAUUGCAAACUUCACUCCUUCCAAAGACAGAGCCCAGGUCAGCAGCAUGGUGGUGACAGCAGGAGAUGCCCGUGCCUACGUGGCUGACCAGGACGGCUUUGUGCGUGUCUAUGACAUCGAGGAGUACGGCCUGUGGGGACCGGAGCUGCAGCCGCCCAAGAAUGCGAUGUUCUGGCGGGCCCAUGUCAGCACGGUGACAUCUUUGGAGCUGAUAGAAGAAGAAAAGCUUCUGCUGUCAUCCUCCCUGGACCACACCGUACGCCUGUGGAGCACGGACGGGGAGUACAUAGGGACCUUUGGGCAGAGUAGCCCCUGGAAUAUUUUCACUCCUGCCUCCUGGAGCCGGUCUGGAGUGCCCUGUGAAGUUCUGACCAACCCCCAGAGCCUGCCUGCUCACCCAGCACUAGAAAGAGGUGUUCCCGCCACACUCACAGGAGAGACGGAGCAAGAGAAGGCGGUGGAGGGCAAGGCCGGUGCUGAGAUUCCGGAUGUCAGGAGUGACUCUUCCAGGAUGCCAGGCUGUCAGACAACCACAGCUGAACCUGGAGAGACCGCUCACCCUCGCUCUCAUGAAGACUCCGUCCUCGAAGUCGACAUGAAAGAAGACACACAUCAGUGGGACGCGUUUUGCAGUGACAGGCUGCCGCUGGAGCAGAGCCAGCCUUCCCUGGGGGUGCCCAGCAUUUACCAGACUCUGCAGUGCCACGAGGUCGCCCGCGUGUCAGCUCUCGGGGAGAAGCUGGAUUUGUCCAUCCUCGGUGAAGAUUUGUUUAAUGUAGACUUUCUUGCACAGGAGAAAGAAGGAAGUGAAGCUGCCCAGAAGGAGGACUGAUCACACAGCAGUUUCCUUGUCUGAGUUCUGAAGAAACCAGGCUGCUGGGGUCUUUUCUUGGCAAAUCCUUCCUCCCUGGUUAGUCAAGUCUGACUGAGAUUAAGCUUUGCCCGAUAGGGGCAAAGAAGAACAAAACAAGAAUGAUUUCAGCCAACACAGGCUUCUUCCCAAAGCAAUUAGAACCUGGGUUUAAGCAAACAAA